AAAUCACCAUAACGACUGAGUAGCCAUUUUCUAAUUCUACAACUGUACCACUCUAAAACAGGUUAAGGACUUUUUUAGUUUUUAAAUGCUAGAAAUUGUUGCAAUGAAACUUUAACAAUGUGCUGUUCAGUCGACCCAUGUUUCAUUUUUCGCACUAUCUAAUACUUAUACAAUUAGAGAAUUUUAUUUUCGUGGGCAACAAGUUUCGAGAUAAUUUCUCCCAAUAUGGCUGCACCACUUCCAGCCAUCCACAACACAAGAGGCCAUUCGCCCAUUCAUGAUCAAGCCAUUCCACAGCACAGAGUCCCCAGCCCACCAAGCCAAUCCAGGCCACAGGAUCAAUAUGUGAAACCCAAGCUGAAAGGCCAGGGCAGGAGGGAGCGUGAACAUGUGAUGAAACAGUAUCUGUUGACGAACAAGAAGCCCAGUUUGACAAAGCUUGAUACACAGAAGUAUCGCAACACAUUUUUCCACAACCUGUGCCUUGAGAUGUUGAAGGAUGGCUUCCACCGGUCUUUCUCAGAGGUCUUUGCCUUGGUCCAACAGCAAAAGGCUGAGAUUAAUGCGGCAGGACCAGACUCCCUCUUGCAAGACCGCCGUCUCUUGGCAGAACAGGAAGUGAAGCUGGAGGAGAUGAAGAAGAGACUAACUGAGGCAGAGCUUGCUCUCAGAAUAGAUGACAUAGACGGUGUCUUCACGGCUAGAAACCACCUCGCUGAGUACUUCCUUGACACAGGGGAUCUGUGGUUGUCUGAUCAUUUCUUCAUUUCUUGUCUUGAGAUGGCACAGAAAAUCAAAGGAGAUGGUAGAAGGAAGGAAGGAGAGGCCCAUUGCAAUAUGGGUAGAGCCUAUGAGAGGAGAAAGGAAUACAGAGAGGCAGCUGUGCAUUUUGAAGCCUUUGAUGACUUGACAUCCAAGAACCCUGAUUGGAAGAAUGCAGAGGGACAGAGCCUUCACUCAGAAGCAUGUGAACAUCUUCGGCGGUUAUACACAACCAUAGCUGAGAUUUACCAACAGGGAGAGGGGAAGGAUCCUCAGGAAGCCAUUGCUAACUUGCUGAAAGCAUUUGAGAAAGCUAAAGAGAGUGGAGAUGGGCAGAAGGAGGGAGAAGCCAGCUACAGGUUGGGUUUGGCCUACGAAAGCAUCGGUGACUCAGAAACUGCACUCAUGUAUCAUACAGGGUUCAUGGACAUCUGUAAGAAGGUUGGAGACCAGGAUGGUAUGGGGAAAGCUUGUGAAGCCAUUGCUAAAGCAUAUGAAAAGCAAGGGAAACUGGAUGAAGCAGUCAGAUAUUUGGAGAUGUUUGAAGAUAUUGCUGAGAAAAGUGACCAGUUGGCAGCACAUGGCAAGGCCUGUAGUUGCCUUGGAGAAAUUUACAAUUCCCUGGGCAAGUACAAGAAGGCCUCCCACUACUUUGGCAAAGCCUUCAACAUCGCUCGUAGCAUGGACAAACCUCCCUUCUUUGAGGCCAUGAGGGCAGAAUUCGGAAUUGCCAAUGCCCAUGGAGCCCUGCGUCGGUUCAUGGGGUUGAUUGAGAGACCGGAUAAGACCAAGAUGCUGGAACUGAUUGACUGGAAGGAUGUCAGAAAUGACCAGAUGGCAGAAGAAGAAGAUGAACCAAGCAAGUGAUCAGUUCCAACAAUUGGCUGUUUAUUUCCACCAAAUGUCCGUUGUAUAUCAAUUAUGCUGUUUACAUGAAAACAGUUGCAGAGAAGUCUGUAGAUCUAAGGAACAGUCCAGGUGAACAAUCACUUCCAAGAACAAAGAUUUUCAAUAAAGACAACAAUGAGAAACACAA